AUAAAUUUCUCAUACACAACCCCUUUUGCACGUGGUAAACUCUCUUCAGACGACAAGACGUUACACUCCCUUUAAAAUGGAAUCUUUAGAAGAAUUUCUUCAGUUUCUCACCCCUGAAACACGUUUGGAUCUGAAAGUCCUUGCUGUAGAACAAGUAUUGGGCAUGACAGGAAAGGAAGAAGGUCGAACUCUCCUGCACAAAGAGUUAAAGGUAUUACAGCAUUUGACAAAAUUAACUGGUGACAAAGUGCCUGGAGUGGCUCGAGAUGCUUGUCUUGCUCUGGUAAAUUUGUCUGCGGACGAAGAAGGAGCUCUAGCAAUUCUCUCUGAUGAGCAUAUUAGAUCCGAACGACUGGAGUUUGUUGGUCAGAUGGUAGAAUUAGCCCUUGACCGUGAAUCCCCUCUGGCUGACCCUGCUCUUAUGGUUUUGUCUAAUGUCACCCGUCCAUCCCAAUUGACUGGCAAAGUCCUGGCUCUUAUGGUACGGGAUGAUGGAGAUGAUACUUAUGAUGAGACUAAGGUAAAUGAACUCCUGGAGCGACUCUUGGGAGCUCUCACUGCCACUAAAUAUAACAAUGUUGGAGCCUCCUUACAUUAUUUAGGACCUCUUCUUAGUAACUUAAGCCAGCUUCCCAUUGUACGAAGGUACAUUUUAAAUCACGAAAAAAAAGUUAUUCAUCGGCUUAUCCCAUUCACAGAAUAUCAAGAUUCUCUUGUGCGUCGAGGUGGUGUUGUAGGGUGUUUGAGAAAUUGCUGUUUUGAUCUUGACGAACAUUCCUGGCUUCUGGGUGAAGAUGUUGAUAUUCUUCCACAUUUGCUGCUGCCUCUGGCUGGUCCAGAAGAGUUUGAUGAUGAAGAUAACAGUAAACUUCCAGUUGAUCUUCAGUGGCUCCCUGAAGAUAAAAAGAGAGAGAAUGACCCUGAUAUACGAAGAAUGUUACUAGAGGCCUUAGAGCAACUUUGUGCCACUAAAGUUCAUCGAGAAUAUAUGAGAGAUCAUAAUGUGUAUAUCAUUUUAAGAGAACUUCAUAAAUGGGAGAAAGACCGUCAAGUGCUACUGGCAUGUGAAAACUUGGUCGAUCUGCUCAUCAGGAAAGAGGAAGAAAUUGGUGAAGACAAUUUACACUCUGUUGAGGUGCCAGAAGAUCUUGUUCAAAAGUUUGAAAAAAUGGACAAAGAAUUUUUGGAAGAUAGUUGAACAAUACUGUGAAAUUUUAUGUGCGUAAUUAAAAAGUGAAUGUAUUUUGGUUAA